AUGUUUUCAUUUGCAAAGAAAUUAGUUGAUAGAUUUGAAGGUCAUGCUACUGCUGAUUCAACUAUAAAUGAUUCAUAUUUUAAAGGAGCUACUCAAUUAAAUAAUAAAGGUUAUGGUCUAAGAGUUUUAAAUGUGGUGCCACAUUCAAUUGCAAAUAAACAAGGAUUUGAAUCAUGGUUUGAUUAUAUAAUUAGAAUAAACAACCAUGAAUUACCAAUGUUAUACCCUUCAAUAUCAACAAUUGCAUACUCUAUAAAUGAUGAUGGUACUAUAAAUUAUAAUGGUAAGGUUUCAAGUGAACAAGCAUCAUCAAUAAAUCAUGAAUUAUUAUUAAAAGAAAUUCAAACAUUGGCUAAAAAUAAACAAGAUUUAGUAUUUGAUGUUUGGAAUGCAAAAGGUGGAAUAAUUAGACAAAUUGUUAUACCAUUGGAAGAAUUUAAAACUGAAAAUGAAGAAGAUUUAGACGAAAGUAUAUUGAAUUUAUUCAAGAAUAACUUUGAAAGAAUUGGUUUAACUUUGGAAAGUCAACAUUUAAAUACUGCUACUUAUGUAUGGAGAAUUUUAAAUACUCAUCAAGGCUCACCUGCAUUUAUGUCACAAUUGGUACCUUAUUCAGAUUAUAUUAUUGGUUGUGAUUCAGCAUAUCCUACAGAUCCAGAUGGUAAAGGCUUAUUAGUUAAAGGAGGUGAAUCAUUAUUAUCAAAGACAAUUUUGAACUAUUACAAUUAUCAUAAUUCACAAAGUAAUGAAGAUAAUAUACCAAUAACUUUAUAUGUUUACAACCAUGAUUAUGAUAUUUUAAGACCAGUUACUGUUAACUUAUCAAAAAACUGGGGUAGUGGAUUAAAUAAAGGUAUAUUGGGAUGUGAUGUUGGAUAUGGUUUAUUACAUAGAAUACCUGAAGUUAUAGGUAAAUUUGAUAAUAAUGCAUUAGUUGAAGAUAUAUUGUUUGAAAAUAAUCAAAAUAUCAAUUUCGAUAACCAACAACAGCAACAACAAUAUUCGACUAUUCCAGAACAACAACAGCAGCCACCAUCAUCAAAUGAAAUAAUUAAUCAAGCACCACCUGCUUUUGGAUCAAUGCCUCCACCACCACCAAGAUCAACAAGAAAGAAGAAACAUGUACCAGCAUCAAAUGAUGGUCUAAGUGAUUAUAUGAAUGAAGAAUUGGAAAAAUCAAAAAAAUUGGAUGUACCUUCAAAUACUUCUUCUGGUGAUGUACCUCCACCUCCACCAGCAGCAACAAAAUAA